CCCCAGUGUGAGUGCUGCAGGGCCGCAUUCGAACCCCGCUCUGGCCAGAGGUGGGGGGCUGGCAGCCAGGACUCCUGGGUUCUCUACUCACAGGCCCCGCUUUGCCCCACAGCCCAGGAUGGACGUGGGUGCCUAUCUCUCCCGGAUCGGGUAUCAGGGCCCGACGGAGCCCACCCUGGAGACGCUGCGGGGGCUGCACCGUUGCCACCUGUUCUCGGUACCCUUUGAGAGCCUGAGCGUGCACUGCGGGGAGCCCAUCACCCUGGUGCUGCCCCUGCUGUACCACAAGAUCGUCCGCCGGCGGCGCGGCGGCUUCUGCUACGAGAACAACGGGCUCUUCCUGUGGCUGCUGCGGGCGCUGGGCUUCUGCGUGGUGGGGCUGGCCGGCCGCGUCCGGAACCGCUUCACCGGGCGGCUCGGGCCGCCCCGCGACCACCUGGUGCUGCUGGCCCAGCUGCAGGGCCAGCGCUUCCUGUGCGACGUGGGCUUCGGGGACGGCUUCCUGGAGCCCCUGCGGCUGGAGCUGGGCCUGGAGCAGCCACAGGAGGGCGGCAUCUUCCGGCUGGGCCUGGCGGGGGGCGUCUGGGCGCUGGAGCGGCUGCGGGCACCGGGCGAGGAGGGGCGGAUGCUCUACACCUUCACGCUGGAGCCGCGGGAGCUGGGAGACUUCGCCGCCAUGUGCUGCUACCACCAGCACGCCCCCAGCUCCAUCUUCGCCUGCAAGUCCUUCUGCAGCCUGCCCCAGCCGGGCGGCGGCCGCCUCACCUACAUGGGCUGGCGCCUCAUCGCCACGCGGGGCGGGGAGCGCACAGAGACCCCUCUGCAGCCCCCCGAGAUCCCCGCCCUGCUGCAGCACGCCUUCGGGGUCCAGCUGAGCCGGACCUUGGUGCCCAAGGACCAGGACAUACAGCCACCCCCUGAGGGGGAGGAGAUGGGGCCAGCUCCCCCCCACUGAACAAAGGAGCGCCGAGAAAGGAGGAUGGGGGACCCAGAGACACCCCUGACAGCACCCCUGGGGGCCCGGCUCUGAGAGCUGUGGGGAGAGCGAGCUGUAAAACAUGCCAGCCAGGGCAGAAACCUGGCUGGGCCCAAAGGGAAGAACGAGGGGUGGGCUGGGAGCCAGGACUCCUGGGUUCUAGCCCCGCUCGGGGAAGGAAGCAGUGUCAUGGGUUGGGUUGGGCUCGGCUCAGGACUCCUGGGUUCCAUCUCUGGCUCCGACACCGACUCCGUGUGAUGCUGGAUGGGUCCAUCCCUGUGGUGUAUUGAGCGUGUGAGCUCUGUAGGACAGGGCCUGUCUUAUGCUGAGCAGCGAGGCGG